AUGGAUGAUUUACGAGAUUCUCAAAAAGCAACAAUUCAAGAUGCAUUAGAUAUGGGUGAACUGACAACCGGUAGGGGCUUGAAUCAACAACUUGGUCUUUCAAGAGCUUGUGAUACUCGUUGGGGAUCUCAUUAUAAAUCCUUUAACAAUUUUAUUCUUAUGUUUGGCUCUAUUGUUGAAGUUCUUGAAUCACUUGCUCUUGAUGCACGAAGUAUGGAUGAAAGAGCCAAGGCAAUGGGACAUCUUGAAUCUUGUCAAACAUUUGAGGUUGCGUUCAUGUUGCAUUUGAUGAGAGAUGUAUUAGCAAUCACAAAUGAGCUCAAUAAAUGCUUACAAAGAAAGGAGCAAGAUGUUGCAAAUGCCAUGCUACUUGUUGAAGUAGCAAAGAAAAGGUUGCAAGUUUUAAGGGAUGAUGAAUGGAAUUCUCUUAUUGCUAAGGUAUCUAUAUUUUGUACCAAACAUGAAAUUUUGAUACCUAACUUUGAGGAGCCAUAUGUUAGCUCUUUAAGAUCACGGCGAAGACUUGUUCACUAUACAGUCUUACAUCAUUACCGUGUUGAAGUGUUUUGCAAUAUUAUUGAUUGGCAACUUCAAGAGCUUAAUGAUCGUUUUAAUGAGGUAUCUACUGAUUUGCUCCAUGGAAUUGCUUGUUUGAAUCCAAUUAACUCGUUUUCAAGUUUUGACAGCAAAAAAAUAAUGAGGAUGGCUGAAUUAUAUCCAGAUGAUUUUGAUGAAUUUAAUAUGGAUACUCUUGAGAAUCAACUUGCAAGUUACAUUGUUGAUGUUCGUGAUGUUGAUGAAAGGUUUUCUGAUCUAAAUGGACUUUGUGAUCUUUCCAAAAGAUUAGUCCAAACAAAAAAACAUUCAAAUUAUCCUUUGGUGUUCCACUUAGUGAAACUUGCUCUACUUCUACCAGUUGCCACUGCAUUCGUUGAAAGAGCUUUCUCGGCAAUGAAGUUUAUCAAGAAUGACUUGCGAAGUCAAAUGAGUGAUGAUUUUUUUAGUGGUUGUUUGGUGCCUUUUGUAGAAAAAGAUGUAUUUGAUAGUAUUCCUAAUGAUGCUAUUAUUAAGACAUUUCAAGAUAUGAAACCUCGUAGAGUACAAUUGUAA